AUGCCUAUCUUGUGGGAGCUCUCCACGAAACUCUUCGCCCAACUGCCUCCUGUGCCUUCUCACUUCACCCAAUGGGAACCUCCGCAGAGCCCGCUGUCAACCUACUCGGGCGUCUUUGCGGCCAUCGUCACCUAUCUCUCUAUCAUCUUCGGCGGCCAACGUCUGAUGGCUGACCGGAAACCAAUGCAAUUCAAGCCUCUCUUCAUGCUCCACAACAUCCUCCUCUCCCUAGGCGGGCGAACGUCGGUCAGCUGGGUGCCAAUCAGCGCCAACCUGACCGUCCAUGUCAUCAUGUACUACUAUUAUUUCACCACGUCGGCCUUCCCAGGAUACAAGCCUUGGUACAAGAAAGCUUUGACAACGCUCCAGAUCAGCCAAUUUGUCAUCGACCUCUUCAUUGUCUACUUUGCCUCGUACUCGUAUUUUGCCGCCGAAUAUCUCGGCUGGCCCACCAUGGGUAACUGCACCGGAACCGAAGGCGCGGCCCUCUUCGGAUGCGCCAUCUUGACCUCCUAUCUCUUCCUCUUCAUCAGCUUUUACCGCAAGACUUACAAGCAGAAAUCCGCCAAGGGUCGCGCGCCUGUCUCUUCCUCCCAAGCAGAGACUGACUCUUCUACUGUUACCAAGAAGAAAUAG